GACUCCGUAUCACGCACAUCUCCAUCAUGCCGUAUAUAUCCCCACGACCAACAACCUCCCUCCCACGGCAUGCCCGCGAUGCCACCAUGCCCAGCACUCCCUCCCAUCCACGAUGACGAUGACGACGACGCCAACCCCAUCGCUCAAACCCCCCGUGCACCUCAUCGCCAUCCGCCCCGAGUCCAUCGCCGCCGAAGAGAUCUCCCUCUGCGUCCACAACCGCCCCGAACCAUGGCACCCGCUCGACUACAACGUCUACUACAACCGCGUCCCCGUCUUCACCGUCUUCGGCCACCCCUUUUCCAUCGGCCAGCGUCGCACCUUCUAUGACAGCUCCGGCCUCCCCCUCUUCGACCUCCGCUGUCGCUGGUACUCCUCGUCGAUCUUGGACUUGAAGCUCCCCGGCGCAGAGAAGAGCCUUUUAACAGCGAGGUUGCGCGUCGCUGUCAGCGAGCCGAGGGUUACGGUUACUUUUCAGAAUGCAGUCGCUGCUCCGUCUCCGCAGGACCAGGGCCAGGAUGACGGGAAGGGUAAGAGCAAGGGUUCUACGGAGCAAAACUCUGCAAUAUCCCGCCAAGUGACGAUGGAGGUGCACGCCCAGGACCUCGACAACAUGGUGCAGGUGGUCGUCGUCGAGAACCGCAAUGUUGCGUCUAUUCGGCGGGUCACGGACCCAGAGCAGUUGACGGAGGGUCAGAUGCCGCCUUUCCGGCUACGGCCGAAAUGGGAGGUCAGGGUUGCGCAGGGGGUUGAUAUUUCGCUGGUUAGUGGUCUUUUAUAUCUCGUUGGGGGUUUUGGUUGGUAAGAGAAAGAUGGAAUGCUGAUAUCUUGGUUAGAUUGCUGUCGUGGUGGUGAUUCUGGGACAGAAUGCGGGGGAUAUUGCGUAUAGUAGUCCCGGGGUGGUUAGUUGAGCUGGGUUGUUUAAUCGCUGGACGAUGGGUGAUUGCCCUAUUUGGCAUUUUUUUAAGGUCGGGGCCAGGUAUGGCCGUUUAAAAAUUGAGGCGAAUCCUUGAAUUGUUUGGGUUUGGUUAAGGGUAAAU